AUGUCCAAAGUUGUGCGCAGCGUCAAAAAUGUCACCAAGGGUUAUUCGUCAGUACAGGUGAAAGUCCGAAAUGCAACUAGCAAUGACCCUUGGGGACCGACCGGUACGGAAAUGGCAGAGAUUGCCUCGAUGACGUUCAGCAGUCCCACUGAUUUCUACGAAAUUAUGGAUAUGCUGGAUAAGCGACUGAACGAUAAAGGCAAGAACUGGCGCCACGUGUUGAAGUCGCUAAAGGUCUUGGAUUACUGUCUGCACGAGGGAUCGGAGCUCGUGGUUACCUGGGCCCGCAAGAACGUCUACAUCAUCAAGACCCUCCGUGAAUUCCAAUAUGUCGACGAGGAUGGCCGAGACGUUGGACAGAACGUUCGUGUCGCGGCAAAGGAACUUACUUCCUUGGUUAUGGACGAAGACCGAUUGCGGAGCGAGCGAUCCGACCGGAAGUUGUGGAAGACUCGUGUGAGCGGCCUAGACGAAUACCCUGGUUACGGCAACGAACCCACAUCGCCCCGUCGAGCAGAGCGGCGCGAACGCCGGCGUCCCGCGAACGACGACGAGGAUGCGGAAUACCGCUUGGCGAUCGAAGCCAGCAAGUACGAGGCCGAAGAAGAGCGGAAACGACGCGCCAAGGAGGCUUAUGGGGUGGACGAUGACGAAGACCUGGCUAAAGCGAUCAAGCUCAGCAAGGAAGAAGAGGAGCUGCGUAAACGAGAGCUGGAAGAAAGCAACGCGCAGUCGCUCUUCGAUGACACUCCCGUUCAGGCGGCCCCGGCACAGGCGACCGGUUACAACCAAGGGUACCAGCAGCAGGGUGCCGUGGACUGGUUCGGCAACCCGAUCAACCCUCAGCAGCCCCUGUCCACCGGAUACUUGAACAACCAAUACGCGCAGCCCACCGGUUUCCAAAGCCAGAACACCGGAAUGCCCAAUGGAUACGCCAACGGCUUCCAACAGCAGCAGCAGCAGCCCUCGGUCUUUGACCAAAACCCGUAUGGUCAGUCUAUGAACAAUUAUAUGCAGCCCCAAUCAACCCUUCAGCCGCAACAGACCGCCUUCAGCACCAACAACCCCUAUGGCACCGACGUUUUCUCUCAGCAGCAGCAGCAGCAACAGCAACAGCCGCAACAGUUCCAGCAACAGGACAACUUCCUCUCGCCGGGCCACAACAACCCGUGGGCCAACCCGCAGCCGGCCGAUGCUCUGAAACCGAUGCAGACCGGAUCUAACAACCCGUUCGCCGCUCGCACUCAAUUCCAGACCCGACCUUCGACGUCGGGACCCCCAUCGUUGAAUACUCUGGCCGAGGAGCGUGUCACCAACCAGUUCGGCUCCCAAAACAACCAAUUCAGCUCGGCCAACCCCAUCGCCAACUUCCAGGCUCCUGCGGCCCCGGCCCCGCCGAGGAGCACUCCCCCCACGAAUGACCCUCAUCACAACCGCCUUAAUGCGCUCCUCGCCACCGGAGAGGGCCAAGACACGUUCGGCAACGUCGGUGACCUGCGUAUUCCGGCCCAGCAUACGGCUCCGGGCACCUUUGUCAACUCUGCCGGACAAGGGUUGAAUCGUCUCCAAGCCAACCCUACCGGCAGCAACCCGUUCUUCAGCCAGCAACAACAAUUCGUACCACAACAAACUGGAUUCGCGCAGCCUACCAACAACCCCUGGGGUGGUCAGCCGGCAUAUCACCAGCAGCAACCUCAGGCAGGUGGCAGUUUAAUUGAUCUGUAA